AUGAAUCAAGCUGGCAAUGAUUAUUUGAAAAACGAACUUUUGCAAGAACUAAUUGGGUCGAUUAACUUCAACGAUAUUGACGGGCAAAAGCCUAGAUGGUCUAAAUUUAGGGUGACUAGGAGAUCAUAUGUAUCAAAUUAUUAUUUUUCUGGACUCUAUGUUAUUCGUUUAAAUAAAGUUGUACUUUGUCAUACCAGUUGGUGUCUUUGGUAUACCAAAAAUACUCGACCGGUGGCUAACUUAUCUCACCUGAGUAAAGCCUUCGAAAGAUAA